GCGAUGGAUAGGGUAAUACCGGCAAUCUGUGUCUUCAUGUUCAAGAACAUUCCCGUACCACCGCAAUGGCCAGACAAACAAGCGCAACGAGGGCGUCUCAGCUCGUCAAUCUACGACGGUCCAGUCGAAAAAGGCCAAGCCAGCCAGGUCCAUCACCUCCUUCGCCCAAGAGGAGAUAUGAAGAAGACGAAGACAGGACGAGAGUGAAACCGGAAGAUGGCAAUGAAGACGUCCAGCCGUCAAUGAAGGCAGCCAAGUCUCGGACGAUAAAACAGGAACAAACCAAAGACGAGCCUUCACUCCAGAAAAAUCCUCCUCCUACCACACAGCCCGUGCCAUCGUCACUCUCAUCCCUAGACACCUCCCUCGCGGCGCGCAAGCUCAGGCUCUACUACGGCACCGACGGCACGCACGCGACGACCCCCGCCUCCCCGUUCCCCGACUUUGCCCACCCGACAGCCGCCGAGUGCAGACUCGCGCACUCGAUCCUGGCGUCGCUGCACGGCCCGCGCGAGCGGCCGACGAACCCGCCGGCCUCGGGUCCGGCCGGACGCGCGGGGUGCGGCGACGCGGCGACGGUGCUGGACGCGCUCGUGCGCACCAUCCUGAGCCAGAACACGACUGACGCCAACUCGGCGCGCGCCAAGCGCGCCAUGGACGCGGCCUACGGCGGCCGCCACGACAACUGGGCCGCCGUGGCCGCGGGGGGCACCGCGCGCCUCGAGGACGCCAUCCGCUGCGGCGGGCUCGCCGCCGCCAAGAGCCGGGUGAUCAUCUCGAUCCUGGAGCGUCUUCGCGAGCGGCACGCGUCGUCGUCGUCGUUGUCGUCUUUGUCGUCUUCGCCCGCCGUCGCCAAGGACGACGACGAAAAGAACCAAAACGACAGCAUCUACUCCCUCGAGCACAUCCGCGACCUCCCGACGGCCGACGCCAUGCGCGAGCUGCUCUCGUUCCGGGGCGUGGGGCCCAAGACGGCCAGCUGCGUGCUGCUCUUCUGCCUGGGGCGCGACAGCUUCGCCGUCGACACGCACGUGCACCGCAUCGCCGGCCUGCUGGGCUGGCGGCCGCCGCGCGCCACCCGCGACGAGACGCACCUGCACCUGGACGCGCGCGUCCCCGACACCGACAAGUACGGCCUGCACGUGCUCAUGGUGACGCACGGGAAGCGCUGCGCCGAGUGCAAGGCUGGCGGCAGGGCGGCGGGGAGGUGCGAGCUGCGGAAGGCUUUUUGGGGGAGGGAAGUGUGA